UUUCUUUUCAUAUGAUAAGUAUGUCCGUAUCAUAUUUUCAUGAAAUGAUACAUUUUUGAGACUGUAAGUAACACGUAUUUAAAUUUGAAUGAUGCUAUAUAUUGUUUGGAAGCGUUUGAAAUAUAUACAGAGUGAUAAUAAAAUACAUGGACCAACUUACUUGCUCUAAGGAAAUAGUUCGUAUAAAGAUAAUGUACCGUUACCAAGAUAACAGUGUUGUAAAUUUCUAUGCCUCUGACGAGUCUAAUUAAGGACAAAACAUGAAACUUUAAUUAAUUUAGUUAUCUUCAUUUUAAUAUAUAGUGAUCUAUAUCAUUAACAGCAAAUCUGCGAAAUUAGACGUUGGCUGCACUUGUUUUUGUUGAUUGCAUGCUUUUUGUAUUUUAUUUUUUUAUGCAAGCCAUAGAGCUUACAAAGACUAUGAGAUUUUUUUACUACGGUUAUGGGGAAAUAAUCACAUGGACAUGAAAUGAAUGAAAAAAGACUUUGAAGAUUAUACAUAGAGACUAUUGAAACAAUAAUUUUAUGGUGUUUUGAAAUAUAGUGAGCGCAAAACGGCAUUAUAAUGACCGUGGACAUUUUAGUUUGAACUUAAAACAGAAAUGUUGGCAGUACUGUUGUGCGUGAUGAUGAAGAUUUUUGAAUAUUCAUCGGGGAAGGUAGCUGCAAGCAGCGAGAAUUUGAAGAACCCGCCAAAAUCGCGGAGACCUAGGCGGUUUAUUAGAAGAAAGAAAGGUGA